GGUCGUUGAAAUGGGCACCGGAUCCAGGCCCUGGCCUGAGAUGAAAGACUCGACUGCGGCGAUAUACAAGAUCGCGACUCCCAAUUUUUCUGAAACUUCGGUGAAAUCGAAUCGUAUUCGAAUUCCCCGACGGACCGAGUUCGAGCUUUGGUCGGAGCUUGGGGUUCGAUUCCUAGGCGAGCCCAUAAGAGAACUGCCCCGGUGGACUAGAAGUUGGGCCAAAUCCCAGUAUAUCGUAUUAACAAUCUCCUUCGAAGAGAUCAGGUCCUAUGUUCUUUCUUUCGAAGCGAGCCAUUGGCAAGGAAUUGAUGCACCGAAUCUGCUCUUGCAACCUUCGUCCGUC